AUGCAGGAGAUCAGCCCCGAGGAACUUCACAGAUCAUCGAUGACCCGUACCCGAACUAUAACAGUGCGGCCUGGAAAGAAACACGAAAAGAACCUAUUAACCAUGUCUGGGACCGCAUGGCCAUCUUCUGAACCGCCGGAGCGAGGAUACGAUGAUGAGCGGGUAUCAUUGGAACAGCUCAGGCUAGAUUUCCCGACACCAAUCUUUGGAUCAUACGAGUCGUGGGCCCCGGGGAACUGGACAAGCGGAUUCGGGUCGAAUGAAGCAGCCGAAGUGAGUUGGGAAAAGGUGAACUGGGCCGGCCUGCAGCAGAACUGUCUACAGCGCAAUGCCGAUCGAUAUCGCUCCGCAGACCCCCAGGAAAAGACGAUCUGGACGGCGAAUGACCUCCACCAUAUCCGGUCUAUGGUCAUGGAGUUGUCACUCUACUCGGGGGGAGAAUAUGAAGUGAUCCUCCUUGUUGACUGUCAGGGCAAGACUCUGCCGGGCCCCAGGGACACUGCAGCUAUGGAGAGUUUUAAAAAACGGCAUCUUCCGGCAGAGCUGCGAGAAAUGGCUGUCGUUUUCAACGAGAAGAUGCUGGCUGACUGGUAUCCUGGCAUUGGCACGCAUGUAGCAAUUCUCCAAUACUAUCAGCCAGUGCAGAUCUUCUCGCGACUGCAUCCACAGUACGACUACAUUUGGCAGUUUGAAAUGAACUCUCGCUACACAGGCCAUCUUUACCAUUUACUUCACCAAGCAACGGAAUUUGCAAAACGACAGCCCCGAAAGCACACCUGGGAGCGCAACUCCUACUUCUACAUUCCCGCCGUCCAUGGCACCUGGGAAGAGUUUACCAACAUGGUGGACAAGGAAGUCUCCGGCCAUGACAGCGUCUGGGGUCCGCGACCCGCCGAGGGGAUCGAUGUCGAAGGAGAAGCCUCGGUGCCUCCGGUGCCGAACCCAGAAGACGACGCCCGCAGCUGGGGCGUGGGCAAAGAAGCCGACCUGAUCACUUGGCUGCCCCGUUUCAACCCGGCAGGCGUGGAAUGGCCCUUCCGUGGGCGUAUCUUCAAUUUCCUGCAGGGAGAAAACAUGCUACGCCGUGCAGCUGUCGUCGCCAUGUCUCGAGUGUCGGCGCGGCUUCUUCGCCUGUUGCAUUCCGACAAGGCUGAGAAGGGAGUUGGCCUCGCCUCUGAAAUGUCCUUGGCUUCUUGGGCCUUGUUCUAUGGUCUGAAGGCUAUUCAGGUCCCGCAGCCACUGUUUCAUGACUACGCAUGGGAUCCAGCUGAACUCAACCGCCACGCCAACUCGGGUGACCCGCAAGGUGAAGUCAAUGCCGGCUUUACUAGCAUAUGGAGCUGGAACCAGCACCAUGAAAUUCUCUUUAAUACCACUCUUAUGUUUCGCUCGGCGUUUGCUGAGAAGCUUUAUCGAGCUUGGUUGGGGUACGGCGAGGCAGAGAAUUGGGAGAAAGAAAACUCUCGACUGUGUCUUCCAUCAAUGCUCCUACAUCCUGUCAAAAAACGUGAAAUCCGUUAA